AUGGUCCCGCCAGCAUCAACGUUGAAGUAUGAACUACGCCUUCCCAAUAUUAAGCAAUUGCAAAUUGUGAUCGUAUUAUCGCAAAAAGGCAAAAUGAAACUGAGCGUGGUUGCUUUUGGUGUUUUGGUGGCGUGCGCCGUGUCUAUGGCUGUAGAGCACGGUCCAGUGCUGGACGCUUUGCACCCACAGCAAGUAGUUUAUGUCCAAGCUCAACCUGGACAUCGGCAGAAGAGACAUCUCUUGUUGGGAGCCGGUGCUGGUCUACUCGGAGCUGGUCUGGCUGCAGGAGCUGUCGGUCUCGGAGCUGGAGUAAUCGGAGCUAAGGCUGGUCUCGUCGGUGGGGCUCUCGCCGCGACAGCUCUUCACGGAGGCAGGAGCUUCGGUGGCUACGGGUAUGGUGGCUACGGAUACGGCGGUUACGGAGGUGGAUACGGCCAUGGCUACGGAUACGGAAACGGUUACGGCCACGGCUAUGGUGGAUACAGGUCAUACUACCCCACCACCUACUACGUCUCUGACACUUGGUGUUGA